AACCUUAACCUUAAACUAACCUAACUCUUUUCUUUUAAAAAUGGCAAGUUCGUUUUGGAAACUUUAUAACACAAAUAUAACUGGAAAUAUAAGUUCUUCAUUAUGUGGUUCUAUAAGGAAUGGUCAUCAUUUGAGAGGAAAACCACCAGGAAUAGCCAAAUCUUUAGAACAAAAAUUAUCAGAGAAGAACUACCUGAACCCGGCGAUUUAUUUCAAAGUGGACAUUGGUCUGCCCCCACCUCGAUUGUCCAGAUCAAAAGUCUUAGAUGAAAGGCUUAAAUAUCUGAAGGAACAGAGGAAAAACCCAAUGCUUGAGAAGUUGGCUGGAACAAAACAGUUAAUUGUUAAUAUGGAAGAUGUGGACAAAGAAUGGAUAACAACAGCAGGUCCUUUGCAAAUAAAAGGGAUAGCUGAGCAUUAUGGAGUAUUUGAACAUUUAUUUGGUGAUGCUUAUUUUUAUCCCAGAGUACCAGUGAACAUAUCUUUUGAUACAGGAGAUGGUGAAAUACCAGUUUACUUUGGAAAUGUAAUAAAACCAAAACAAGCCAGUAGAAAACCAAAAGUAAGCUAUGAUAGUGAUAGUAAUGAUCUUUGGACAUUGAUUUUAACCAACCCUGAUGGUCACUUCACUGAAAAUGAAAGAGAAUAUGUUCACUGGUUUGUAGCUAACAUACCUGGAAACAAUAUUGACAAGGGAGAGACAAUUGUAGAAUAUUUACAGCCAUUUCCUCCAAAAGGAACUGGUUAUCAUAGGCACAUAUUCAUUUUGUACAAGCAAGAGAAGAAACUUGACUUUUCCUUUUUCAAAAGGGAAGGCCAAUGUUUGACAUUAUCAGAGAGAACCUUUCAUACCUAUGAUUUUUACAAAAAUCUACAAGAAGAUAUAACACCUGCUGGGUUAGCAUUUUUCCAAGCUGAUUGGGAUUCAUCCUUGAAAAAGUUUUACCAUGACACUCUUGACAUGAAAGAACCAGUUUUUGAAUAUGACUUCCUUCCACCAUAUAUCAAGAAGCAAAAGUGGUUUCCGAAAAAAGAACCCUUCAAUUUGUACAUGGACAAAUAUAGGGAUCCCAAACAGAUCAAUAAAGAAUUUCUCAUGAGGAAGAUGAAAAAUGUGCACCCCUUUAAAGCACCUCCACCACCUUUACCAUUUCCCAAUGCAGUAUUCUUUGAUGGUUAUGUUCCAUCCUGGCUCAAAUUGGAAAUGAAAAAAUCCAGACUCAAGUGGGGUAGAAUAAAUGAUAUUGAGUAACAAAAUAUGGUACCUAUUACUAUUAAGAAUAAUAAAUAAAUAUAAUGUC